UGUCAGUUCGGUUAUGGAGCUAUGAUGUUCUUUGGUCCUAUUUAAGCUCCAGCCAGGCGGAAGGAUCUGUCUGAUGUUUGUAAAUAUUGUCCCCCGGCGGAGCGCGUCGCCAGGCGGAGCGGAGCUGUUCUCUGGGGCUGUUUGACGGAUCCACACCGGACUACCGAGGCAUGUUCACCGUGCAAAAGUCACAUGUUGCACCUGAGAAGCAACCAGGACGUGUUAUUUGUUAUUUGGGAGAAUCCCCGUGCAGCAUGCUGCUCUCUAAACUGGGCUCCAUCCCGCCCAGCAUGGAGCUGCAGGCGAAGCUCCAACCAGGCAAAGCGGAGAAGCAGCCGUUCGAGAAGAUGUACCGGCUGGGUUCGGUGCUCGGCAGCGGAGGGUUCGGCACCGUGUACCAGGCCGUCCGCCUCGCCGACGGGCUGCGGGUGGCGGUGAAGCAUGUGUGCAGAGACAGAGUGUCAGAGUGGGGCUCUCUGUGCGGCGCGGUGGUUCCUCUGGAGGUGGUGCUGUUGAAGAAGGUGGGCGGGGCGUUUGGCGGCGUGGUGCGGCUGUUGGACUGGUGGGAGCGGGCGGACGGCUGGCUGAUGGUGAUGGAGCGUCCCGAGCCGGGUCAGGACCUGUUCGACUACAUCACGGAGCGCGGCGCCCUGGACGAGGCGGCGGCGCGGGGCUUCUUCCUGCAGGUGCUGGAGGCGGUGCGCCACUGCUACACCUGCGGCGUCGUCCACCGAGACAUCAAGGACGAGAACCUGCUGGUGGACCUGAGGACCGGGCAGAUCAAACUCAUCGACUUCGGCUCAGGAGCCCUCCUCAAAGACGGAGCCUACACCGAGUUCGAUGGCACGCGGGUGUACAGUCCUCCGGAGUGGAUCCGGUGCCGCCGGUACCACGGUCGCUCGGCAACCGUCUGGUCUCUCGGCGUGCUGCUGUACGACAUGGUGUGCGGGGACAUCCCCUUCGAGCAGGACGAGGACAUCCUGAGAGGACGGAUCUACUUCAGACGGGAAGUCUCCUCAGAGUGCCGGCAGCUGAUUGGCUGGUGUCUGAACCAGAAGCCGGCUGACAGGCCGACCCUGGAGCAGAUCCUCCUCCACCCCUGGGUGACGGGCAGCGACGGCAUCACGCUCCACGCCAUCACAGAGGGCGACUCCUCCUCCUCCUCCAGCCAGCAGAGCCUCUGAUUGGUCGACGCAAGGUUGUGAGGAUGAGUUUUGUGGUGACGGAGCGAGUCAGGGGUCACAGUUCCGGAUGAGGUUGACUGUGUUGCUCCACAGCGGCCCCUCCUGUUCACGGACCAUGGACCAGCUCCUUGAAGAGGCUCAACACCUUUCAGGUGUUCUUGUUCUUGAUUCUUCAGAGUGCCUUGAGUUUGAAAGCUACGUAGCAGAUCAGGAGUCGGUCUGCAGGCGAGGAGGGUUCUUCAGAGGUUCCUUUAGUUCAGAUUAUAGAGUUCUAUCCUAAAACAAAUGUGGACAAAUCACAGAAGAACCAGUUAGUUUCCAAAGAGAAAGUUUUUGUACAGAUUAAACCAACGAGAUACGGCUCAGUAAUAUGUUUUAUAGGUGCAGUCGGGAGGAUUUUUCACUCCCUGCUUCCAGGCCUUAUGCUAAGCUAAGCUAACCGGCUGGAGUUUCAUAUGUAGAGAGUGGCUACUCUCAGCAAGAAGUGAAAAACAGGAUUUCCCCAAAUGUCGGGAACGUUUCCUGUUCUCUGAGGAACCAGCUACAAACACGACCCGCCCAGAGUCUCAGUUCUGAUACCAAAACUUGACUUUUUGUCACGUUUACUUCAUUUUCUUUAUAACAAAAAUGACAUAAUUUAGUGUUACCUUUUACAAACAGGCCAGGACUUUUCCUGAUUAAAAAAAAAAAAAAAAAACAGGCUGAAAUUUAUCCAAAAUAUAUAUAUUUUAAAUCAGGAAAUAUCCGAGAAAAGAAAGAAGUGUGACGGUUUUCUCUGCUACACUUCUUCGGGUUAAGUCGUGAGGAAAAACUUUAUUUUUCUACAUUUGAGGUUCAUCAGGACAGUUGGUUGAUUGUUUCCAAUGUUUAAGCAGAACUGGUUUUGUUGUUUGAAAUUGUCUUUGUCGUCUGUUUUGACACACUACGAUAUCUCAUCACGUCUGAAAACAUUAUGUCCUCCAUCCUUGUUCUGCCUCAGUCUUUGCUCAUAAAAUGCACAGUCAAUGCAAAUUUUCAGCAUUAUAUUUUGAAUAUACUGUAUGUGUUCGUUUACAUAUGUAUAUAUUUUUAUAUAUUUUGUACUUUCUAUGUUUUAUUUAUUUAGUAAAGAAACGU